CGCAAUGUCUUACGCAAUACUUAGCCAAGAUGGCGCAGGCGUCGAUUUCGAGGUAUUUUUGUCAAAGUUGUGGUUAUGUUUCGCGAUGUCAUGGCGUAGUUGUCCCACGUGGAAGUUCAAGUCGUUCAUGUGGUGGUAGAUCUUGGAUGAAUAUUGCACUUAUAGAAAAACAUCAUAAUCAACAGGUUAGGAAUUUUGCAUACAGAAGACCAGAUGAACAGCCGGGACUAUUUGGACGGUUUAUACAAAAUAUUAAAGAAGGGUUUGAACGAAACAAGGAAAUGCAAGAAAAUAUAAAGAAAUUCAAGAAACAAGCAGAAAAAUUCGAAAAAUCUGAUACCUUAAAAACUGCAAAAUCAAGAUUUGAACUUUUAGAUAAAGCCAAGGAUAAGUUUUCUGAUGCUAGUACAAAGAUUUCUUCUACUGCAAGAAGUGUGUCUGGAAGUGCUGCAACAAAAGUGACACAGGCUUACGAAGAGUUUACAAAAAGUGAUACUUUCAAAAAAGGAAGAGAAGCAUCCGAAGAGCUAAGCAAGUCAGCACAAGAUGCUGCCUCAAAAAUCAAAGAACAAAGUGACGAAUUAAGCAAAACUGCACCAUUCAAGACUGUUUCAACUGGUUUCAAAGUAGUGAAAGAGGAGGUAUUGGAUGAAGAAUUCAAACAAUCCAGACCUUACCAAACUCCCGCUGAGUUACGGCGGAGAACAGAAGCCAGUAAACGAGAAGGAAUGGAAAAGGAGAGGAGAUUAGAGGCAGAUGAGGAUACAACUGGAAUGGUUCUGCACAAGGAUUCAAAAUGGUAUCAACAAUGGCAGGAAUUCAAAGAUAACAAUCCUGUUGUGAAUGGUCUGUUUUCUCUAAAAAUGAAAUAUGAUGAAAGUGACAACUUAUUUGUUAGAGCUACCCGAGUGGUGACAGACAAAGUUGGGGAUAUAUUCAGUGAUGUAUUUUCUCAAUCAGAAAUGGCAAAGACAUUGUCGGAAAUCACGAAGAUUGAUCCACAGUUUAAUAAAGACAAGUUUCUACAGGAAUGUGAAUUUGAAAUCAUCCCUGCAGUACUAGAGGCAUUCCUAAAAGGAAAUCUUGAACUGCUAAAAGAUUGGUGUCAUGAACCUGCAUAUAAUGUAUUAUCAGCACAAAUAGAACAGAUUAAACAAGUCGGACAGAAACUAGAUGCUAAAUUAUUGGAUAUUAGAGAUGUUGACCUUGCGAUGGCAAAAAUCAUGGAGCAAGGACCAGUACUUGUCCUGACUUUUAAUGCUCAACAAAUAAUGGUGCUGCGUGAUGCCACAGGGACAAUAAUAGAAGGUGGUGAGGAUAAUAUUGAGAGUGUAAGUUACGUAUGGGCAUUAUGCCGAGAUCAGAGUAUCCUGGAACACAGACAAGCUUGGAGGGUGUUGGAGUUUGGAAUUCAAAAUAGCACUGCAUGGGUUUGAAGUCAAGGGAAUGUUUUUAUCAGGCUCAAAAUUGUAAGAUUUUAAGAUAAAAGUUUAUUUAAAAACAGCUUAUUUUUGGAAACAUUGGACUAUCAUUAAUGUUGGAUGUUCCUCAUUGUACCAAGAUCAAUGCUGGGUUUUAGAUUGGUGUGCUUCCCAAAAGGCAUCCUAUCGUAUUUCUAUAAACUAAUGUAAAGCCCUAUUCAGUUAGGCUCAGAGGUUUCUGAUUUCUUAAAUUAAUAUCUUGUGCAAAAAUAUAUCAAUAACAUUUUAUCAGCUGGGGAGCUAGACUCUGAAAUGGGAAAAUAUAGAUUUUGUGAAUAAAAUGGAAAAUUACAUGAGACUUGAAUUUCCCACUUUCCAUUUCCCAUUUUUUUGCCAUUUAAGAAAUAGUGAAUAAAUCUUUUGUCAUGUUGAAUGAAUUCAAUUAAACUUGUGAAAAGAGCACGACAAUAAUGCUUUCAAUUAUAAGCUGUAUUAAAAUUGUGUACAACUAUUAAGAUAUCCAUUCAAUAAUAAACAAUAAUUAAACUA